UCCUGAUGACUAUUGUGCAACUUGCUACCAUAAAAACCCUAAACUUACACAGACCAUAAUUAUUUUUCGACGUGAUUGAAUCGCUCGCGAGUGCUAAGUGGUACGUGCCCCAUCUUCGACGCCCCAUCACCACCCCGCCGCUGCUGUCCACGAAUUAGUGACAGUGCAGAGUCGCCCUGCUGUUUCCCGCUCCAUCCUACCGCCGCGCCGUCUGAGCUGAUUUUUUUGUUUGAUACAUGAGGAUUCGAGCAACACAAAUAAUGUCGGACUCUGAAUAUUAUUCUAAAACAUCCAGCAAAUCCGCCGGUCGAGGAUUUGUUGACUCGGAGGACGAGAUAGCUUUUAGCAGAAAUAAAUCAAGAUCUAUCGGUUCGAGAAACUCCGCCGUAAAGCGUGCGGAUUCGGACGUAGAGAUACCAAGGCAGAAGAAAAAGGAAAGCAAGCUCAGUUCAUCUGCCAAGCGCACAGCAGUGGAAUCUGACGGAGAGACACCGAGGGCUAAGAAAAAGCUGGUUCCAAAGAGAAAGCGUUCUGCGGUAAAGAAACCCGGCGAGGAGUGGCGCGUGAUCGACUCGGAGAGCGAGGACGAGGAGGUUAUCGAGCGCUCCAAGAACGCGUUGCAAUCCUCCUACUCAAAGCGGGUGGCCGACGGGACCGUGCGCCGCACCGCCAAGCUGAACGGAGACCUAUUCGUGGAGCUUAAGCUAUACCAGGUCGCCGACAUCAGACACGUAGACGUAAGGAAACGCUACGAGAAAGCAGUCCUCAGUCUAAAGUAUCAGGCGGACCAUAAUGCGCCGGAGUUACAGCUACUCCAACAGUUUCUCAAAAAAUGUAAACCCAAGUUCGAGACUGAGGGCUACUUUUUCGCAGAUAAGGACGUAAAAGAAUACGUCACGUCUGUUUUUCCUCUUGGGUAG